AUCCCGAAGGAGGCCGCCAUGGCGGCAGUACCUUCGACGGCUUGUUUCAGCCUGUCUGCCUAUCGGCAGAUGGAGAGGAAGAGUCGGCCGUGGGGCGCUGCCGAGGUUCAGUGCACUCAGUGUGGAAGAAGGGAGUCCAGAGUUUCUGGUCACCACCAUGAACUUCAAUGUGGACAUGCUUUUUGUGAACUGUGCUUGUUAAUAACUGAAGAACACAACACAAUUAUAUGUCCUGAUUGUGAGGUUGCUACAACUAUAAAUAUGAGACAAGGAUACUACCCAACAGAUGGAUGUAUUAAAGAAGAUUCUUUUAUAGAAAAACUGAAGACUAAAAAGAUAAGGAAUUGUUCUCAGGACUUUAAAAAGACUACUGAUCAGCUAACUAUUGGUUUGGAACAUUCAACAUCCACACACAAGACUAUUUUGAACUCCUCAACUGUAAUGGCGGAAAGUAAAACUGCAGAAGAAGAAAUUGAGGAAGCGUUGAAGAUAGCGGGCUAUAAUUUUGAACAAUUAAGUGUUGCUGUAAAAAUGCUUGAACACAUACACAGUGAAACAAAAGCAGAGUCAGUCAGUCUUAUAGAGGUUCUGGAGAAACAGUUUGAUCAACUUUUUACUUCUCUUGAUUCCAGGAAAAAGAACCUGUGUGAAGAAGUAGUAAGAAAUACAGAUGAUUAUCUGUCAAAUGUAAUAAUGGCUAAAAGCUACAUGGAAGAGAAAAAAAAUGAUUUGGCUGCAGCUAUGAAGAUAGCAAGAGAGUUAAAAUCAGCACCUUCUUUAAGGACUUAUUGUGACCUGAAUCAGAUUAUCCGUACUUUGAAAUUAACAUUUGAGAGUGAAUUGUUACAAGUUAGCACUCUAAAACUAAGGAAUUCUCCCAGGUUGAAUAUGAAUUGUAGUGAGAUCAUCUGUAUGUUCAACAAUAUGGGAAAGAUUGAAUUUGAGAGCUUAACAAAACGUAAUCCCCAAGAAAAUGAAAUGGAACAGAAUGUUCAAAAGCAAUAUAAUCAUAAAAAGGAAUUUUCUUGUCAUGAUACAUACCCAUCACAAGAAAAGAAAAAGAUUGACGUGUCUUUCCUAACUAAUGAAGCCCCACCAUGUUCUUUGCAAUGGGAAACCCAUGAUGUGCAUUUAGAAGCAGAAGAUUUCCAGCCACAGAAAGAGGUUGUUGCAACACCAUCCCCUAAAACCAUUACUAUUCUGCCUCAGAUGGGAUCUAGCCCUGAUGUGAUAAUUGAAGAAAUUAUUGAAGAAAACCUGGAAACACUCUUCACAGAUUAUCUUGUGGAAACACCUAGAGAUCCAAAAAAGCCUUUUCAGAAAAAAUCAUCUUCCGCUGUUGGAUCAAAAGCAGGUUCUCCAGAGCUAGUUUUUGUAAGCCAUGUAAUACAUCCUUGCCACUUUUAUGUCCGGAAGUAUUCACAAAUUAAAGAUGCAACAGUACUGGAAAAGAAGGUCGAUCAGUUUUGCAAUAAGAGUUUACACCUUGAUCCUUCAGACCUUUUGGAGCUAGGUGCAAGAAUAUUUGUCAACAGUAUUGAAAAUGGAAUGUGGUGUCGAGGAACUAUCACUGAAUUAAUUCCAAUAGAAAGCGAAAAUAUUAGAAAAUUUUGUAGUCCAACCAAAUUCUCAGUCCGUGAAGUUGCACUAAUACAAAUAUUCAUGGUAGAUUUUGGAAAUUCUGAAGUCCUAAUUGUUACGGGAGUUGGUGAUACCCACGCAAGAUCAGAACACACUGCUGAGCAGCAUAUAGUAAUAAAUGACUUAUGCCUAGUUCUUAGGAAGUCUGAACCAUAUAUUGAAGAGCUGCUGAAAGACAUCCAGCCGUUAGCACUGCCAUGCUCAUUGAAAGACAUUGUUCCACAGAAUUCGAAUGAAGGCUGGGGAGAAGAAGCUAAAGUAGAAUUUUUGAAAAUGGUAAAUAACAAGGCUGUUUUAAUGAAAGUUUUUAGAGAAGAAGAUGGUGUGCUUAUUGUAGACCUGCAGAAACCACCAACAAAUCAAAUAAGCAGUGAUAUGCCUGUGUCUCUUAGAGAUGCAUUAGUUUUUAUGGAAUUAGCAAGGUUUAGGUCACAAUCACCAAGAAGCCACUCUGAAAAAAAUAUGACUUUACAUUAUCACCCACCUGUUUUGCCUAAAGAAAUGACAGAUGUUUCAGUUAUGGUUUGUCAUAUAAAUAGUCCUACUGAUUUCUAUCUUCAGUUGAUAGAGAGCCUGGAUUUUUUAUUUCUAUUAAAGACAAUUGAGGAAUUCUAUAAAAGUGAAGAUGGAGAAAAUCUGGAAAUCCUCUGUCCAGUUCAAGAUCAAGCCUGUGUAGCUAAAUUUGAAGAUGGAGUUUGGUACCGAGCAAAAGUCAUUGGAUUGCCUGGACGUCGUGAAGUUGAAGUUAAAUAUGUGGACUUUGGCAAUACUGCAAAAAUAACACUUAAAGAAAUGCGUAAAAUAAAGGAUGAGUUUCUGAAUCCCCCAGAGAAGGCAAUCAAAUGUAAGCUGGCCUAUAUUGAACCACGUAUGAGAGCAGUGCAGUGGUCCAAAAAAGCUAAGGACAAAUUUGAAGAAAAGACUCAAGAUAAAUUUAUGACAUGUUCAGUCGUUAAAAUUCUGGAAGAUAAUGUGCUGUUAGUUGAGCUUUUUGAUUCUCUUGGUGCUCCUGGAAUGACUCCUACUAGUAUAAAUGACCAGCUAGUCAAAGAGGGCCUAGCAUCUUAUGAAGUAGGGUAUACCCUCAAGGAUAAUUCCAAAAAACAUAGUGAAGUAUGGGAUCCUUCUCCAGAAGAAAUUAUUUCAAAUGAAGUAAACAGCUUAAAUCCUGUAUCUAUAAAAUCUCUACCUAAUGAGAAUCUCCAAUCACUUUAUAAUAAGGAACUACCUGUACAUAUCUGUAAUGUGAUAUCUCCUGAGAAGAUUUAUGUUCAGUGGUUAUUAACAGAAAACUUACUUAACAGUUUAGAAGAAAAGAUGGUAGCUGCUUAUGAAGACUCAAAAUGGGAACCCGUUAAAUGGGAAAAUGAUAUGCACUGUGCAGUUAGGAUCCCAGAUAAAAAUCAGUGGCAAAGAGGCCAGAUCAUCAGAAUGGUUACAGACACAUUGGUAGAGGUUUUGCUGUAUGACGUGGGUGUUGAACUAGUAGUGAAUAUUACCUGUUUACGAGAGCUUCAAGAAAACCUAAGGACAAUGGGAAGAUUAUCUUUGGAAUGCUCUCUUGUUGAUAUAAGGUAGUUUUUAGCUGAGUAAAUUUUCUCAUUAUUGAAUAAUUACAAGUAUUUUUCUUUUUUGUUUGGUUCUUGUCAGUUUUAAUUUUACUAGAAUUCUGAA